AGUAAAAGUAAAUAAUUUAAAAACAAACUAAAAAAAAACAUUUAACCACAAAUUCCACUUUCAAAUCAAGCAAAAAAGUGUUGAAAACUUGAUAAAUAAUUUGCCAAAAAAGGCAAUUAAUUAGCGAAAAGAAUUUCAAUUGCGGCAAUAAAAACAAUUUUCCAGCAAUGUAAAACGCAAUUCGAUUCAACGCAAUGAUUUGUGUGAAAAAGUGAAUUAACAAAAGAAAAUGCAUUAAACAAAUGCGAGUGCGAGUUUUAUAGAACGUGCGGCAACAAAGCGAGAAAAAGGCGACGAACAAUAAAAAAAAGAGAACAGAAGGAAAGGUCCAAAGAGCAGACGCAGAUAAAGAUACAGAUACAUCUAUAGCUGCAGAUACAGAUACAGCCAGAGCUGCAGAUACAGAUACAUUUAUAGCUGCACAUAGAUUGAGAGAUCAGCUCGUGGCAAUGGGCAGCAAGGGCUUCUUCCCGCUGAUGCUGCUGCUGCUGCUCCUCCUCGCCGAUCUCGGCUAUACCGAGGAGCAUGCGCAUCGCCACGCCCACAAUGGCACCACCAGCGGGCCUCCGCCGGCUAGUUCCCGCCGCCAUCAACAGCAGCAGCUGCAGCAGCAGCGCCUGCAGCAGCUGCAGUGGGCGCAGGCGGAUAACAGGCUGGACAACGGCGGUCAUCAUCAUCAUUUGCGGCACGAGCAGCAUCUGCGCGCCGAGCUGGCGGGCAAUGAGAACAGGCAACCGCCGCCGCCGCCGCCAAAGACCAUGCAGCUGGAGCUGGAGCAGCUGGCCAUGUUGGGGCACGGGCCGGGCGAGCAGCAUCAUUUGCGGCAUCACAAUCGCCAUCAUGCCGCCUGGGAGCAGCGCGUCUUUCCGGAGCUGCACCAGCGCCAGCAUCGCCUCGGCCUGACCACAGCUGCGCCAGCAGCUGCUGCCUUGGUGACAGAUGCUCCACUGCCUCAGGCUCUGGGAGGCAAUGGCACUGUGUCCACGCGCUACUUUGAUCGCGAUGGCAUAUAUCCGGCCUGGACGCAGCCGCGCUCGACGCGUGCGCCCAAUUGGCAGCAGGAGAUUGAGGAUGACAGCGAAGAUGAGAAUGAGGACGACGAUGAUGAUGAUGAUGAUGAUGAUGAUGAUGAGGAGGAGGAGGACUAUAAGGAUAAUGAGCCCGUGGCGGAUGAUAGCUUUGCCGCCGAACUGGCCAAGCAAAUGCCGCGCUACUCGUUCUUCAGCCAAAAGCUGCCCCAGAUUAGCUCCAUGGAGCAGGACUACGAUGCCUACGAUCAGGACGAGCCGGCGCUGGUCACCAACAGACAUCCCAAUGUGGCCGCCAGCCACACCAAGGCCGCCGCCAAGCGCAACAUAUUCGACUGGCUCUUCAAGCCAAAGCUCAAGCCGAAGACCUCAACGGCCAAGCCCCAGGCGGAGAGCGCUGACCACGCCUCCGCGGAGGAAGCGGCCUUCUCCAACGAGCAGUGGAACAAGAUCGAGCACGAGCAUCAUCUGAAGCAGCAGCAGCACCAGAAGGAGCUCCAAGCACUGCGCGACAGCAACAAAAACAGAAACAGAAACCGAAACGCGCCGCUGAUAAGAGCCCGAGGCGGCAUUGAUAAUGAGGAUGCGGACAACAGUUACUCGAGAAAUCACAUUGCCGGCACCCUGACGGCCCACAAGCAGAAGAAGCUGGGCACGCCCGAGGCUGUGCUCAACACACAGCGCCAGCUGGCCGAGGAUAAGGCCAAGGCAAGAGCACACAUGGAGGAGGUCAGGGAUGAGAAUAUUUGCCGCUUGCCCCAGCGAAGAUGCCUGCGCAUCGAGCGGGAGACAUCGAAGACCUACUCGCCGCACUGCACCAGCGUCUAUCGCUGUGCCGAGGACAGCGGCUGCUGUCCCCAGCGCAACGAGAUCUGUGCCCCCAAACGCACCCACAAAUUCGAAAGGCAUUUCAAUGUCAUGAACCACAUUGAUAAACGCAUCAGCGUCGAGAAGUUGACCCUUGUGAAUCACACCGAAUGCCACUGCGUGGAGCGCGGCGCGAGCCUGGCGGAGGGGCACGCAAUUGGCACAGGGCUGCCGGAUGAGCAGCAGACCUUGCCCCACUUCGAGUGUCCAGCCCUGUUCGAGAAGAUAUUAGGCAAGGAUGGCAAAUGGCGCUGCGACUGCUCCUCGAGCAACGAUCAUUGCAAUCUAUUCAAGAGCGGCAGCGAGCACUUCUCCCUCAACGAUCGCAAGCGCAUUCGCCAGGGCCUCUACAAGACGCCCACCUGCCAGUACGGGCCGUAUAUCCAGAAGCACGGCGGCUGCCCCACUCAGCACGAGCAGCUGCCCAGCUACAAUGCGCUGGGCAUGUCGUAAAUGCGUUCAAUGGAACCGAAACCGAAACCGAAACCGAAAACGGAACCAGAACCGGAACCGGAACCGGAACAAAAGUAUUAGUAUAAGAUCUGUUAUACCAGGCGAACUUUUGAACCAAAAACAAUUUGUUGUCGAAAGCGAAAGCGAAACCAAAGCGAGUUUUAAGUUCGACUUCGAAGCGAAAAGCCUGGCGAAAUGUAAGUGAAUUUAGUUGCAUAUCCUAUAUACAGAACGAGAACAUCUAUAUCUAUAUAUAUAUAUCUAUAUAUAUAUAUCGAUGACACACAUUUUUUGCCCCUUAUUCAAAGCAAAAUCAUCUUAAAUAGCUGUAAAAAUAUAUUUAAAAAAAAAAAACAGAAAAAAAGUCUAAUUAGCAUUGUUCAUUGAAGUUUACUCAAAAGUUAAAGUGAAUAUAACUUUGACAGAAGAUUAAAUACCCUUGCAUAUAAAAAUAGUUCGAAGGCAGCUAAAAUUCUAUUUCGAUUUGUUAUCGAUUUGUUGAAAUGUUGUAGUCCGAACUCGAUAAGUUAUCGACGCGAAUCUCCCUUUCUUCAGAUAUAUACACAUAUAUAUUCGUGAUCAACCUCGAAAAUAAAAUAUAUCGAUUGCAAGGGUAUCGAUCAUAUCGAAUACAUUUAUGUAUAGUUUAUGCGUAUUUAAAUAUUAAUCGAUAAAAGAAACUCAAUAAUUCUAAACUAUUCCAAAAUCUAAAAUUGACUGCGUUUUAGUUUAAAUUUACUAAUGUUAUGUUAUUUAAUUAUAAAACGAAACGAAACGAAACACUGGAUAAUCUAAAUAUUAUUAGCAAUUUUAAACAAUAUACAUAUGCAUACAUAUUAUUAUAAAGAUAAUUAACAAUAUCAGCGAGAAGAGGAAGACACUCAAAACUGCUCACAAUACAGAGAGAAAUGUUAAGCAUUUGGUAUUAAAUAAAUCCUAACUCGUUUAAAUUAUUCA